ACUUUUUUUCCGUAAAAUAUCGAUUAUUGUUGUUUUCUCAAUCUAUAAAUUUUUUACUCGGACAUAUGCGAGUGUGGCGCAAGCUAUGGGAAAAUUAUAAGAUCAGGAUCGAAUAAUACAAAAGGAAAAACAUCUGAUAAGACGGGGUUCGGUCAAUCAAAGACGUUUGCAGAAUCCAAAACAAAAAACAAAAAAGAAGGAAGAAGAUGGCUGAUAAUGCAUCGCGGAGCAUCAAUUUUUUCAUUACUGGAUACAUCUUAUUAUCAUGUCCAUUAUUAUUUACGGCGGCUCAUUAUCAGAAUCUCCAGCCUCAUUAUCAGCCCUGGUACCGACCUAGACUCCUACCCUUGCCACCUAGACGCGCCAUCGACCUCAUGUCCGACAUCAUAAACGAGCUAGGCAUACGGAUAUUGCAGCAAUACCUGGACAAUGGCAACGUGGCCUUUUCACCAGCAGGAGUCGGCUUUAUCAUGGCUGCCCUCUACGAGGGCUCGUCGUCACGCAGUCGUCAGCAGAUUAUCGACUCGUUGGGGAUGCCGCGUGAUAAGAAUGCUGUUAGGGUUGGAAUGAGGGAUAUCCAUCGUAGACUCAGGACAUAUCUCAAUCCCGACGGCUUCCUCGGAGGACUGAACCUCAACCGUGAGAAUACAAGUUUACGUGGCGAAUACGAGGAUAUCCUUAGAUUCUAUGGAUUCGACUUGUCGGUCGAUCUAUCUGACUUUGACGCUAAUAGCACGUCAAAUUUCGGUCUAAAGGGCUCGUCAACAAGCACAAUGUCGCCGACUACGACACCGGAUACCCAGACAACGAGUCUGCCACCUGAAUCGACAAUCUUCCCGACCGAUGCGCCAAUAGCAAAAACAAACCAACCAGGUACGACAACAUCUCCCAGUGUCGUGACAAUGUUGCCGAACACCGAUACGUCGACGACAAUGGGGACUACGACAGGUACAGUCAUGUCAUCCUCGGUCUCUCAGUCGGAUGAAGCUGAGGGAGCCGCGACGACUUUGCCCGUGACAACCAGUACGACGACGCAGGCAACGACGACGGAAGCAGCGUUGCCAACGACGACAAUGGCUCCGGACGUGGCAUUGAUCUCGACGACGACGUCGCCGCUCAACUUGGCCGAGGCGACGACACUCGUCGUGGAGGACAUAGCGACCGUCGCGGCGCCGACGGCCAUACCAUCGGCGCCCGUGAGACGUCGCAGCGCCGACCGACGGAGACGUAGCAGCGACGCCUACUUCACCGCUAUUCCAGAUGACGGAUUAUGGAUGCAGGAUCUUGACAUAUGGGCGGACCAGGUAUCUCUGCCAGAAAAUUCCCAUGACGUGGUGGACCUGCAGUUUUUGGUAAAUGGUUGCGAAGUGGCGAACGUGCCGGCAUCUUCCUACACAGCAGUUUUGCCCUUCGCCUACUUCCCUUCGCUCAAGGCUGCCGUUCUCGAAUUCCCAUUGGAUAAUCCCAGGUACAACGUGAUGCUGUUCCUGCCGACGGAGAGGGUCGAUACGGGCCGAUUGGCGCGGGAACUCUCCGGGCAUAGUCUGCGGCUCUUGCGCAGGAGGCUCCAGGGUACCUGGGUGCACGCCACCAUACCCUCCUUCAUGCUCCGGGGCUUCGUCACCCUCACACCUUACCUGCAGAGGCUGGGUAUCAAGGACGUGUUCGAGCCCCGAUUGGCUGACCUCUCGCCGAUGACGCCCGACCUCGGGGUGUAUGCGCGCGACGUUCAGCAGAGCAUCGCCGUAAACAUCCGCAACUACAUGAAGGAGGACGCAGGUGGUAAUGGCACACAGACCAGCAACGGAGAUCCGCUGCUAGGGAAGCCGCAGCUUAUCCUGCCGCCUCGCAGGGACGAUUAUCGAUUUCAGCGACCAGUGUUCAUUCUAGCUGAUGGUCUUCUGGACAGAGUUGGCUUUGUAUCUUUCUCAGUCGAUCAUCCGUUUCUCUACUUCAUCAUCGACGACGAAACAUCCGCUUCCCUUAUCGCCGGCCGCAUAGAUGAUCCGCUGAAUUCGCGGAUACUGUGACGAGAGGCAACUGUGAAAGGACGCAAAUUUAAAUAAUAAUAAAGAGUAUGAAGAUGGGACGUUGACAGCGAAUAGUCUUCCGGAUGUCCAAUUGACGAGAAUUACUACAGGAAUAAUAUUUAUCGAGGAUUUUUUAUUGGAAUUUGAAAAAUGAACGAAUCCCAUUGUUGAGCGAUCUAAAGCGAAAUUCUAUUACUAUUUAAAAUUAUUUUAACGGUAGUAUUUUAUAUGGGAGAAUUUUUUCCGUUAGAAAAAUUCAAUUGCAAUAGUUCUGUGAAGUCGAAUUAUAAAGUUUGAUUUUUGUACUUUUCGCAAUAAUUGAAUGAAUGAUCUGAGAUUAUAUCAACGAUAACUAUGGCGCCAGCUCAUUCUUUUUUGUUAAUCGCAAUUCCGAAAUUAUUA